GCGCGAGUUGCUUUCUUCCUAUAGUUUCCUGGGCCCUGGCAGGAGACUUUCUGGAUCCUGGCUAAUUGCUCCCCUUUUGAGGAACUGACUGGAAGCCCUGAAGACUCAAGGUUUUCUGGGAGGAACAUCGUUGUAGGAGCAGGUAUUCCUUUGUGGUUUUUCAUGUAUGGAUUGAAUCCUGAAUAGAGCUAUAUGAUGAUAGCCAUUCAGUGGCCACCAACAAAAUGGAAAUGAAAGCAAUUGCUACUAAGCACAAGACACUGUGGAAAAUGAAUUCAGUUGGUGAACCUUUACUAGUUACUGGCAUAGAAGUCAAUCCUUUGAAGAAAUUUACUAUUCCUAAAAUCAGGAGGACAACUGAGAAAGUUUAUCUGUCACCUUGUUGUACGAAUAGCAGAGAAUACAUUUUCAUACAGGAUACCCUUAACCAGUGCCGACUUGAUACAAGUUGUGAUAUAAAAUCAACAUGGCAGUUUGGGGAUACAAAGUUGGUUCACAAUGAGGACCUGGAAAAGAAAUUUACUUCUAAGAGGUCAGAAAUGCGUGAGAUUGGAAGACAUGGCAGAGAACUUGAAGAACAAUUUUGCUUUUUAGCACUUUCUCAGAGCGAUGUGAAUGAGAUAUAUCAGAAUGGGAUAAGUACCAAAGAAUCACCAUUGAAGAUUUUAGGAAAUCCUCUUCUUGGAAUUUAUGCAUUUAGACAUGUUGAUAUUGCCUUGAAUUAUGCUCAUAGUAGAAGCAUUAAUGUAGAAAGUAUUAUGAUUUUCAAGGUACUCUUUGGAAAAGUAAAGAAAAUUCAGCCUUCAAUGGAUAAAAACAAAGUUUCUCUGGAUCCUUCUCCUAACUUUGAUUGCCAUAUGUCAAGAAGUGUACCUUCCCUGAAAGAUACCAUUGAACUUCAGGCCUACAGUUCAGCAGUAUACUUCUAUGAAUACAAUGUUCUUUCAAAACCAGUAGAUAAACCCAGACAUUGCCUUCCAUAUGCAGUAAUAACAGUAAAAUUCAUUGGUCAAAAAGCAGAUAAUGGACCCCUAAUGACAUCAUUGAGAUUCCUCUCAACGGGGUUUCCUAAGAGAGUUGAAAGAACAUGCUCCCUGAAUAACUGUACAGUGGCCAAAAGAAUUGGAAAAGGAAAAGAUGCUACAGUCGUCUUUGAGCAUUUCAGAAAACAUACAGAUCCACUUGCCCAGGAAAACUGUUCAUGUAGUACAUCAAAUUCAGAAUCAAUUCCUUCCAACUCAAAUAUUUCUAACUCCGAUGUAAAUGUGCAAAAUGAAAACAUGUCUAUGAUUGAAACACCCAGUGGACAUACAGAGCACCAUUUAACAGAAUGUGAAGAUAUUUCACAAGUGCACACAUAUGAUUCAGGAAUUUCACUCAUUCCUGGUGAUACCCAAGAAAGUGUUAAUGGUGGUCUCUUAAAUUUGACACAUCUUAAAAGUGUUUUAAGUGGUCUUUCUUCUGCCUUUCCCUUUCAUAACAAUAAUGAUUUAAGUACAGUUACUACUUCAAAACUCAUCAAAGACCCAAGACUAAUGAGGAGAGAAGAAAACAUGGGAAAACAUAAUAAUGUUACAGAUUUAAAUGAUAUUUUUCCACUUAAGAAGAAUUUACAUUUUGUUAAUUCAGAAAUAAAUGUGUCAUCUAUGCCAGCUAAUUCUGUAUCCUCAUCUGGAACUGUUGCUAAUGAUCAUGCUGUUCAUAUUAAUCAUUUGGAGACCCCUUUCUUCAAUAUUUCUUCUGAUGAAUCCCAAUCUCAUGUUCAUACCAUGGACUCUAAGGACCAUGAUUUUCUAAUUCCUAAUAUAAUUACCAUGACUGGACAAUGUAAGAACCAAGACAAUUUUCCCUUCCCAAUGUGUUUGUCAAAUGUGAUUUCAGAAGUUGAGAACCAAAGACAAAAUGAGGAAAAAACCCAGGAACUCCCACAGAUAAGCAACAUUCCAUUUUUAAUUGAACAAAACAAUGAGCCACAUAACUCUCAUGAAUCAUUGUAUACUUGUACUAGAAAGAACAAUGGCCACAUCUCUCUGGAAUCACGGUUACCUCCUUUAAAACCAGCGUGUGAGACUGGCCACCUGAUGUCACCACUUAAGCCACUCCAAAAGAAAGCAGCCAUAUAUGAACACAUUCCAAAUAGUAGCCCAGAAUGUAAUUCCAGACAGGAAGAAAAAAGUUUUUUGCAAAGAACAGAUGGUUAUUUUACCAGUGAAACAAAAAUCAGUCAAACAUCUAGUUGCAUUACAUCCCAACAAAAAUACAAAGAAAAUGACAGUCUUGAUUCCUUUGGAAAAAACUGUGACCAAAUGUUAAUAACUCAAGAGAAAAUGCCAAGAUCUUAUAUAUUCACCACAAGAAAUGAAAAUGAGAUAGAUCGUCUAGCAUUGGAAUGUCAAAAAAAUCUUUGCCCAGGAGGAGAAAGCCUUUUACAAAAGCAUCUCCCACACUCUUUAGACUGUGAUAAUAUUCAUACAAAUUCUGCCAUUUCUAAAAACCUAAUGGGACUCACAUUGGAAGGAACAAAUCAAAGUUGUAUUGGUGUUACGACUGAUGUUUUCCAGCAAGCAAAAGACAUCCCCCAAGCCAAAGAAUUAUCAGAUUCAUCUCAUGACAUUAAGAGAGCUCAUGAUAAUUCAUACUGUAACAUAACUAGAGAAGACACAUGUUUUCAUAAGAAAAAUGAAGAUGAGUCAGUGUCAGUAGAGACAAUUCAGAGAGACUGCAAAGAAUCUCUUCACAUGGCUGGUAAUGAUCAAAACUAUAUUCUCUGUAAUGCUCAGUUAAAUCAUGAAAACCUGACCACUGACUGCAAAGAGCAUAGAAGUAAUGCUAAAGAAAACCAAAAAUGGACUAAAGAGGAAGACAUUGCUUCAUCUAUAGGAAAUAAUGCAGAGAAUAUAUAUGAAGAUAAGCAGAGCUUUCAUACAAACACAGAUUUAAUCAAUAUAGAUGAAAAGAAUAAAAAUCACCAUAGUAUAGAAGUUCUGAAUUCAGAAGAAUUCUCUGCUAUAUUUAAUUUGACUUGGAAAAAUUGUGUAUCAACAGACAAUGCAUUAUUAGGAAAUAAAGAUACUGCUACUACCAUUAAACAAAAUGACACUCAGAAUUCUGAAAAGAGUGUAGCAGACUUAUCUUCAGCAACAUUUCCUGAAAUUAAAGGUCCUUCAGUGAAUGUAGCCUCAAAUACUACAGUACAGAUACCUGGUACUACAGUGCCUAUAUUAAGCACAAAUCUUGAAGCUCACCAAACUUGCCAGUUUAAUGAGACUUGUUCUUCUGAUAGUCUAGAUACUGAUUUGCUAAUAAAACUUAGGGCUUCUGACUAUGAAAUGGACAUGAAUAAAAAUGAAUUGUGUAACUCGUUUAUUCUUCAGAAUUUAGAAUUGGAAAGUGAGAUUGAAAUAGAGUUAGAACAUUGUGAUGAUAAACUCCUAUUUCAAGAAGAUCCUCUUAGCCAUGAAAGUGUAUUCUGUGAGGAAUCUGAGGCUUCAUAUGAGGCUCUGAAGUCUCGUAUCGACUGGGAAGGUCUGCUAGGAAUCAGUUAUGGAGAAACAGAAAUUUUGGAAAGCACAAGAAGGGAGCCGAGUUACCAGCAUGACUCUGAGAAAAGUAACGGUUUAUUUUCCUCUGUACUAAAGAACAAAGCAGAGCUCAACACAAUCUUACUUCCAGACCUACACAUUAGAAUUCCUAAUAGACCUCUACCAGAGUCAAGUCCCAUUGUUGAGCCCUUUGAUUUGGAAAAUUGUAUUUUCAGUGAUAUAGAGGAGGAGCCCGAAGAGGAGGAACCAGAGGAGGAGGAGAAAGCUUCAGGACUUGAAAUGUAUCCCCAAUGUUCUGGUGCAAAUUCAGACUACCCAUGUGAAGAGGAAUUUAGUUAUAAAAGACAAGAAUCAGGACUAAUGAGUGAAUCUGAAAUCUCACUGUCUUUUGACGGUCAUAACACGCAAAUAAAUCAAAUGUCUCAGCAACAAAAUAAUGAACUUUUGCUUACUGACCCUUCUAAUGUCACAACAAUGAAUAGUAAAAGCAGAUGUACUAUUGCAGGGUCAAAAGCUGCUUGUAAUAAUACUGGAAAUAAAAAGGACACAAAUUCAAGAAGUAGAAAGAGAAAAAUACAUACAGCAUUUCAGGACCAGAAAAUAUCACAUCAGGAUUUAAGAAAUCAUGAAUUUUGGGAAAAGAAAAGGAGGUUAACCAGUCAGGACUCAUAUGAGUGUUUCACUUCUUUAUCUCAAGGACGAAUCGAAACAUUUUCACUCUCAGAAAAGCACAUUAGGAGUGUCCUAGAUAUUCUAAAUAGUGAAGCUUCUCUAUGCAAAAGCAAACGUCUUUCCAGAAGACUUGACAGAGCUGUUAUUCAUCUCAAAAAAGCUCAUAGAAGAGUUCACACAUCUUUGCAACUCAUAGCUAAGGUAGGAGGAAUAAGGAAAGGUCCAUUACCAAAAUCAUAUGCAAUAAUAUGUAAUAAUUUCUGGGAGAGUUGUGAUCUUCAAGGUUAUAGUUCUGUAUCUGACAGAAGGUAUUAUUCCACUAGGCAUUUUAUGUCAAAAAAAAAAUAUGAUAAACCAGAAGAGAAAAGAGACUUGGGAUUUGAAAUUGAUAAAUCAGCAAUACAUAUUUCAAAGCAUGAGUCAUACAAAGCUAGAGAGAGAAUCACAAAAUGCCUUUCUAAGGAAAAUGUGACUAGCAGUGUCUCCAGAAGUCUUACCACUAUUCAUGUAAGAAAAUUUUGUGAUCAACAGUAUCCUGAAUCACAGUUAACCCUGUGCCCCACAUUCCAAAGUAGAAGUCAGUCAGCUUAUAACUAUGGCAGUAUGGAGAAUUCAAGAUCAUCAGAACUUCAACCCUUUUCAGGAACAACUUCUGGGUAUCUCUUUUCCCCAGAUUGCCCUGAUCAGAAGCUAACUAAAGAGGAAAACCAAAUUGGUAUGUUUUUAUCUAACACUGAUAAACAUGAAAUUCUUGAGAAUGAUAGGACACAUGAGAGUAAUACUAUGGAUAUUAAUGAUUCAGUGAAAGGAAAUGCUGAGACUUGUGAGGUAGUAAGUGAAAGUGAUACAGUAUCAGUAAGUCGUAUAAAAGAGAAUACAGACAAAAAUUAUGAUGAAACUUGUAUAACUCACUCAAAAGUGGAGACUGACACGCUGGUUUCAGUCUUAGAAUCAAAUGUGAAACAUUUUUUGAAUGUUAAUAUUUGCAAACCUGAUAGUCUUAUUUUGACUGGUUACAAAAGGGAAGUAGAAGUAAAUUUUCCUAUAGAAAUACAGACUGCUCCUGUUGAGAGCUCUAAACAAGAUAUUAUCACAAGAGGUUUUGUUAUGGAUCCAUUACAUCUAAAUUUAAUGACAAGCCAGAAGAACAUUAGUAUUCCUCAAUUGUUACCAACCAUUCUGAUGACAGAUGGUGAAGAGAAAUCUUCAGUAUCUUCCUUGGACAAUGAGGGUACUUCUGCUUCAGAUUCUAUUGCAACUGUCACCACUGCACCAUACAGUCAGCGCAAAUUUGGGGGUAAUGAGUUUUUAAAGACAGACCAACAUUCUUUAAAUAAUUUCUUUUGUACAGACAGGAAUGAAGCAAAUGUUACUGAGAAUUCUGAGUUGGAUUCCACAUCAGUAACUGAAAAAAGUAGGGGUUGUGGGGAAAAGAUAAUAAAGAAGCUAUUUUUCAAUGAUAGUUCUCUGCUUUUGAAAGAUAACAUAAAGGGCUUGUCUUCAAAAAAAUGCAUUACAAAAAAAGACACUCAAGGCAGAGAAGCAUGGAAAGUUAAGCAAACAGAAAAAGGAAAAGAUCCAGUUCACCAAAAAAGUAUGAUGGGGAUAGCAACUGUUCAGACUUACUACAAAAAUCAAAAGAGUAAGAUAUUACGAGAAUUUCCCGUAAGUGAGAAAGUAACUAAAAAUAACUUGAUUGAUUCUCAUUUAAGCAUUAAAAACGCUACUAAUGCAGUUAUGUUGAAUAAUGCAGGUUUUAAUCAUUUUGAUACAAGAGGGAAAGAGGAAAUAGUUAAAGUUAGUAAUGACUCUCAGCCUGAUUCUGUGUUAUGUUCAGGAAUAGUUAGUAAUUCCAAAUCAGGUAUCAUGGGAAUGAAUCAUCAAUCUGCUUCAUGGGGCCACUCUGAAACUUCCAAAGUCACUAUUCCUCAGAAAAAGCCUAUCCCACACAUGAAUGACUUAAAGGCAAAAUACUGUUCACCUAACCAUUCAGCUCCUAUAUAUUAUAUAGCUCAAAUUUUAAAGAGAGCAGAUAAAGCCUCAUCUCUGCAAGUUCUACAAGAAGAAACUGAACUUUGUCAAAAUAUUCUCCCGUUAUUUGUGGAAGCUUUUGAAAGGAAGCAAGAAUGUUCACUCGAACAGAUCUUAAUUUCACGAGAACUUUUGGUAGAAUGUAACCUGUGGAAUAAUAGCAGACACAAAUUAAAACCUUGUGCUAUUGAUUCCUUGGUAGAACUCCAGAUGAUGAUGGAAACUAUUCAAUUCAUUGAAAACAAAAAAAGGCUCUUAGGAGGUGAACCAACAUUUCGAAGCUUGCUUUGGUAUGAUGAGACCUUGUACGGCGAGCUGCUUGGCAGACCACGUGGAUUUCAACAACAGUCCAAUUUCUAUCCUGCUUUUCAGGGGAGGUUAAAAUAUAAUGCAUUCUGUGAGCUGCAGACCUAUCAUGACCAAUUACUUGAAUUGUUUGAAGAAACCAAAAGGGAAAGUGUAUCAUAUUAUGCAUUCUUAAAAUAUAAACGACAGGUUAAUGAGUGUCAAGCAAUUAUGAAGCAUUGUUCUGACUGCUUUGACUUUUGUCUUUCUGUUCCAUUUACCUGUGGAGUUAAUUUUGGAGAUAAUUUAGGAGAGCUAGAAACAUUGCGAAAAAGUACUUUAAAGCUAAUCGGUAUGUAUGGGCACUCUCCUAAAAGUGAUUCCUAUCCAGGAAAACAAGACCAUCUGUGGAUUAUCAUAGAAAUGAUCUCCUCAAAGGUUAAUUUUAUCAAGAGUAAUGAGACAGUAAGUAUUAAAAUAUCUCUUUAUGGCCUGGAACAUAUCUUUUUUGAUGCAGCAAAAGAUAUUGUUUGGAAAGAAAGGAGACAGUCUUUCAGCAAAAAAUACACAGGAAAGAAGAAAAAAGAAAUGCUACUGAAAAUCAAUCAGUGUGCUUUUUCUAAAUUGCAGAAGAUAUACGAUACACUGUCUAAAGAUUCAAGCAGUGAACAAAUUUCUAAUAAUGGGCAUAAAAAUGCCAUGAUUACUUCCAGUGAGUUAGAUACUCUAACAAACAAGGCAGCAAUUAGCAUAGAAAACAUUUUGUUUUCACACCCAGAUAUAGAUAUCUGUUGUAUUAGUGAAAUAUUGGAUCAAGCUAAAAUUUCAGACUUAAAACAAUUACAGGAACUCACUUUGAGAUGUACUGAUCAUUUAGAAAUUUUUAAAAAAUACUUUCAGAUGUUACAAGAAGAUAGUAUAGACAAUAUUUUUAUCACAGAAGAAAACGUUUUGGACAUGUUGGAAAGUCAGAACCAUAGGGCUGUAAUUUUAAAGCCUGCAGCCACUGAAAUAUAUAUUGAAGUGGUUAUGCUGUCGGAAACACUUUACUUCCUUAAAAACUCAAUGGCAAAGAAAGUAGACAAGCAGAGAUUUCGAAGUAUGCUUUGGUUUGAUUUGUCUCUUCUUCCUGAGCUGGUUCAAAGCCAAGAAAAAAUGACUCCUUUUUCAUUUCUUAAACAUAACUCAACCAAGUGCCUUUGGAAAGUGAUAGAGAGUGCUAUUUCUGAACUUGAGAAAGAUCUGGAUAUUAUAAACAAAUAUAAUGAAGCUGUUAAUUGCUCAUAUGCUUUUCAUUUGUUCUCAAGAGAACUUGAAGAACUCUCUGAAAUAAAAAAACUAAUAGAAAAGUCUAAGUAUUCUUUCCCCACAUACAUUGACUUUGUGCCAUUUAUAGCAUCCAUAAAUUAUGGAAGCAAUGUGACAGAGUUAGAUUACAACUACAAUCAGUUUUCCACACUACUCAAAAAUAUAAUGGCUGCACCUAGGAAGGAUUUAGGAAAAAUGGCACACAUUAUGAAAAUCAUGAAAACAAUUGAACAUAUGAAGAUGGUAUGUGCUAAAAAUGCUGAGUUACCUAUUUCCUUCAUCUUAUGCCAAAUAAUAUGUAACAGAAGAAAGUCUUCCCAACCAAAGAGAAAAGAAAUUAUGACUGUUCAAGUAAAAUCUAGGGAGAGUGUUAGUAAACCCAUUACUUGUGAGGAAGUUCCCUCUGUUUCACAAUGUGUAGGGGAAAGCAUUUUAAGUUCUAAAAAACGACCUAUCACUGUAGAAAAAUAUGAAAGCUCUCAGGAAGAAGAGAAAAAUAUUGCUGUUUCCAGUUGUAAAAGACAAAAGGUCAAUGUGAAAGAUGCCACAGAAGUCAGCAAAGAAAAAGCAACACUCAAGCAUUCAAGGACUGUAAAAUCUCAUUCCAAAAAUGAAACAGUACCACCUUCAUCGGACGAUCUAAAAAGAAACCAUGUGUCUGUAGAAGAGGUUGAAAUGUUAACAUCACUGCCUAGCUCACUUUUACCUUUAAAAGACAUCUGCACAUCAAAAUCAGAGGGCAAAAUAGACUUAACUAGUAUUCCAGCUGACACUUCAGAAGAUUUCACAGGUGGACAAGAAAGCUUAAAUAACAUGCAGAAAACAUAUGUGAAUUUUAGUGCUGCUGAAACAGAAAAUUGUAAGGAAGAUGACCAAAAAUGUGUAGAUGGCACAUCUACUGAACACCAUAUGACAUCUUCACAAAAAUUUAAGAAUUCUCCAUAUCCUGCAGAGAAGUCUCAUCCCUCAGACCUAAAACCAGGAGCCCAUGUUUCUCCUCUGCAUGAUGGAUCAGAGCUUGCAAAACCUGUGUUCCGAUUUGUUAGGGAUGUCCAUGCCAAUUUAGAAGUGAAUGACAGUGCCUUUGAACUUGAGGACAAUGAAAUAUUAAAUUCAUCUAUUAAAAAAUCUACAAGUACCAGUUUUUCAGAACCCAUAUUUACCCAGAGUAAAAUUCCGCUUCUGCCAGUAAAUGAAGUACAGUCAGCAGAAACUGAGUCAAAAGAAAAUUAUGUGACAGAUACACUAAAUCCCAGUACUGUACCUGUUGGAGCAUCAUCUGAGAACAUAACCCUUAGUGUGAAUCAAACAGCAGAAAACUCUCUUUCUGAGCAACAGAAUAAUCAGAAUUCCAAAGUUCUAACUGAAGGUUCUGCUACAUAUUGGAAUGAACUCCCACCGCCUGCACAUCUCCCUGUAUAUAAUUCUUCUGAACAUGCAUUUGGAACUUCAUACCCUUACUAUGCUUGGUGUGUUUAUCAUUACAGCAGCAGUAGCAGCAACAGCAAUUCCAUUACUCAGACAUACCAGGGGAUAACAUCAUAUGAAGUACAGGCACCUCCUCCUGGGAUGUUAACUACAGUUGCAAGUGUCCAGAACACACGUUCUGAUCUUUUAUAUUCUCAAUAUUUUAAUUAUUUUUCUGGUGAGCCACAAGCAAAUGACUUUGUACCAGGAAAUGAGUAUUUUCAAUCUCAUAUGCCUGUUUCUUACAAUUUUCAGCAGCCAUUUUAUUCACAGUAUGCUUCCUAUCAGCCAUUACCACAAGCUACAUACCCUUGCCCUUCUAAUUCAGGCAUGUCUCCAGAAGUUUCUUGGACUUACGCUCCAUGGCAACAAGCACCCUUUCAUCAAGAACAUUGAAAAUGACUUCUGUCUACUGAAAUAAAAGAGACUUAACAUGUU